UAAAAAAAACAUUUCUUUUUAAGCCCACUUUGCCUCCCUCUCUCUCCAAGUUCCUCACCUUCAUUCAUUGAUUGAUUCAAAAACUGCUGCAAUGGCUUUGCGUGGAGAUGAGCCAGACUUCAAUCUCAGAGAAUGGGAUCGAAGAGCUCGAAUAACCAGAGAAAACCCUAGCUCCAGAAGGUUCUCUGCCUCCUACAUUCGAAGCUUCCGAGAAGAUAUCAGGUCUUCAAGAACAUACUUUGCCAUUUCUAGCACUGCCUCUUCUCCUGGCUACCCCCUUAAAGAGGAGAUUGACCCAUCAACGUAUUCUUUCACCAGUGCACUCAAAGCAUUGCAAGCAAAGACAGUGUACAACAACUGGGACUGGUUAACACCGGAAGGUUUUGCUUUGAACUCGAAAUGGGACGAAGCCGAGAAGUACAUAUGCAACCCUUUGUCCGGAGAAGUUCCAAUGGAGUGUUUGUCUUCUAAAACUCUUAGUGCAAGAUCUUUCAGAAACUUAACCACCAUGUCUGCUCCUCUCAUUUACCCUUCUCAACCUCGACCUCUCGGUCAAAACAAACCCGUUUCUACCGUUAAAGUCAUCCAUGAGGAUCAUAACACCGAUCCCGUUCCGAUUCGAGAAAACAAAGGUUUGGGGUCAAAACGGGAUGUGGGUGUCCAGAGUACACCGGCGGAUCCUAGCUCCGGCAGCCCAAGUCCGGCUCAGACGCCGCCGAUCGUUGAGCGAUCCCUGAAACGACACGUGGAAGCCGAAGAUUCGCCGGUGGAAUCCGCUCUCAAGUUGAAAGAUCAACAUGAGGAGGAUGUAAAUCUAGAGGAGGAGGAGGAGGAGAGAGAGAGCAAGGAAAAACAAGAAGAAAGAGAAGAGGAGAAGAAGGAGAGGCGAAGGGUUGGGUGCUUAGGUUGGAUGAGAAAAAGGCAAAGGAAGAAACAUCAUUCAAAAAAAUCCAACAUCUUUCCCAUCUUUGUUCCUCAAUCUUGUCAAAGGCUGUUGAACUGCCAAAAUAAAUAAAUAAUAUUAUUAUUAUCAAUAGUAAUAACAAUAAUUGAAGAAAAAAAGAGAUAAUAAGUAAAGUUUUCAAGAUCUCGUGGUA